GCGGGCGCCGGGGGCCAGGCUGGAGGCCCGCGGGCAGUGGAGAGACGUUGGGGAAGGGGGGUCCUGACAGGGGAGCCCCGCCCCCAUCCCAGGCGACGUGGCCAGCGGCCACUCGGGGCAACGCACCUAAGGGUGGAAGGACGCUUCCCACUGACCACGUCUCCCAUCCCCACCCAGAGCCUCCCGUUCGGUAUUUUGGGGAGAAGGCACAGCAUCUUCCUUUACGUCCACUUUAAUUGAGCAUCUAGGAUGUGUGGGCGAGGCAGUCUCACAAGCAACGUGAGAGAAGCUCAGGUAGAGGUGCGAAGAGCUGGGAGCGCAGGGCGGGGACGUCGCAAGGGAGGGUGCGGGCGGGAGCCUGCGUCGCGAGCCCCCGCCACGGCCGCUGCUCCCGUGCGUGGCUGGGACCCGGGCAGGGAAGGUCGCUACCAAAGCCUGCCAGGCGAACCGAAGGCAGCUUUGUGGGGAGCCAUGACAGGAAGCUUGGGAACCGUGAGCCACAAGAGGGAAAAUCUGUGCAUACAGUGUGGACAUCUAAGUCAUACAUAACAAGCCUAUUACAUCCUUGGAGCAUGGCACAGCAGGAAUAAAGGAGAAAGAAGCUGGAAUCAGAGACAGUGGGGGUCAGGGAGAAGAUCUACAACAUUCUGCUAGGUGAAUGAGAGAUGCAAAGGAGAUGACAUGAUCUGUGAAGGAAAUUGCACUGGGCAGGUGUCAGCUCAGGCUGCUGUCCACAUGAUGCCUGGGACAUGUCUGAGGGACUAGCCUGCUGCAAGUUGACAGCACAUAAUUCUGGAAGGGCGGUGGGAAACCCUGAGCCAGAAGUGGUUAUCUUAUUUUCGCUCAUGUGUGUGCAAACAGCGUUGUUUUUUGAAUGUUUUGCACGCAGCCAGAGGAAGUCUGGCGCAUCCGAGCCGGCCAGCCGAGCACAUCUGGAAGUGGUUUCUGGGGCCGCCCCUCUCUGCCAGCGCAACUCCUGGGUUCCCAGCGGCUUCGCGCAGAGGUGGAAGAAACCCGAGACGCUCCAAAGUCAACGCAAGCAAAGGGGAGUGCGGGUCGGGGACGAAUAUUCUUUUGGAAACGUAAUAUUGGCCUUGGGGCUCUCCAGCCCUUUGGGACUUCCAAUGGGAUCUUAGAAGCAGCCGAAGCAGCGUCAGGGCAGCAGCCCAGGGCCAGCCACGAUUUGAACGCUCUUGCCUUGCAGCUCUUCUGGACCGAAGAUCCCAAAGCCCUACCCUCACCAUUCACCAGGUCCUGUGGGAAGAGCAGCGUGGAGGUGGGCUGAGGUUAGAAGGUGCAGAGAGUGGAAGAAGAUUGUGAGCUGAGUAUUGGACAUCUGUUCUUGAAUAGUCCCUGGGCCUGCCAUAGGAAAGGAAGUUCUCCAGGGUUACGGUUCUUAUCUGCAUGAAUACACAUGGCUCUGUUACGAAAAAUUAAUCAGGUGCUGCUGUUCCUUCUGAUCGUGACCCUCUGUGUGAUUCUGUAUAAGAAAGUUCAUAAGGGGACUGUGCCCAAGAAUGACGCAGAUGAUGAAUCCGAGACUCCUGAAGAACUGGAAGAAGAGAUUCCUGUGGUGAUUUGUGCUGCAGCAGGAAGGAUGGGUGCCACUAUGGCUGCCAUCAAUAGCAUCUACAGCAACACUGACGCCAACAUCUUGUUUUAUGUAGUGGGACUCCGGAAUACUCUGACUCGAAUACGAAAAUGGAUUGAACAUUCCAAACUGAGAGAAAUAAACUUCAAAAUCGUGGAAUUCAACCCGAUGGUCCUCAAAGGGAAGAUCAGACCAGACUCAUCAAGGCCUGAAUUGCUCCAGCCCCUGAACUUUGUUCGAUUUUAUCUCCCUCUACUUAUCCACCAACACGAGAAAGUCAUCUAUUUGGACGAUGAUGUAAUUGUACAAGGUGAUAUCCAAGAACUGUAUGACACCACCUUGGCCCUGGGCCACGCAGCGGCUUUUUCAGAUGACUGCGAUUUGCCCUCUGCUCAGGACAUAAACAGACUCGUGGGACUUCAGAAUACAUAUAUGGGCUAUCUGGACUACCGGAAGAAGGCCAUCAAAGACCUUGGCAUCAGCCCCAGCACCUGCUCUUUCAAUCCUGGUGUGAUUGUUGCCAACAUGACAGAAUGGAAGCACCAGCGCAUCACCAAGCAAUUGGAGAAAUGGAUGCAAAAGAAUGUGGAGGAAAACCUCUAUAGCAGCUCCCUGGGAGGAGGGGUGGCCACCUCCCCAAUGCUGAUUGUGUUUCAUGGGAAAUACUCCACAAUUAACCCCCUGUGGCACAUAAGGCACCUGGGCUGGAAUCCAGAUGCCAGAUAUUCGGAGCAUUUUCUGCAGGAAGCUAAAUUACUCCACUGGAAUGGAAGACAUAAACCUUGGGACUUCCCUAGUGUUCACAACGACUUAUGGGAAAGCUGGUUUGUUCCUGACCCUGCAGGGAUAUUUAAACUCAAUCACCAUAGCUGAUAUAACUCUACCCUUAAAAUAUUCCCUGUAUAGAAAUGUGGAAUUGUCCCUUUGUAGCCAACUAUAACAUUGUUCUUUAUGAACAUUACCUUUGAUACAUAUGAUCCACAAUAUAAAAACCAAAAACUACUGUGUGCAAAUUAUACCUUGGACCAUAUAGGCAUUGAUUAACUUCUUUAAGUACAUGUGAUAACUAUGGAAAUCAAGAAUAUGUGAUUGAAAAACAUAAAGGAAGAGACCCAUCUAGAUAUCAGCAAUCAAUCUGCUUAAUUCUGAAUCACAAUUAUAUCUACAAAUUUUUAAAACUUCUAAAUGUAUUUUUCACAUGUAGAUCUUUUUAACAGGUUGCCAAUCUUUUCUAAAACUAUUACAUUUAAAAUAUGGACGUCUGAAAAAUAAAAUAUUCAUCGUUUUUAUGA